AUGUCUACCUUACUCCUCAAUCUGGAUUUUGGCGAGCCUCCCCCCAAAAAGGCAUUAGAGGGAAAUGCCAAGCACCGAAAAUUUGUCAAGAAGCGGCGACUCUUGGAACGGAAAGGCUUCCUCAAUAAGAAGAAGCAGCCCCCUAGCAAGGUGCCUAAGUUGCACUCAGAACCUUCAAAGAAAGGGGAAACUCCCAGGGUAGAUGGCACUUGGAAGGCCACUCCCCUUCCAAAGAAGAAGACAACAGCUGCCUCCGGCAGUGGGUCAGAGCAGUCCCUGGACAAGAAAACUGCAGUGCCUUGGCUGACCCCUGCCCCUUCACAGAAGGCUGGUUCUGUUGUGGCUAAAGUAGAUUUGCUGGGGGAGUUCCAGAGCGCCCUACCAAAGAUUAAGAGCCACCCAACUUGCCCCCAGAAGAAGGGCUCCCAGAAGAAUCCUCCACCCAAGAAUGGCCCACAGAACUCCACCCAAACACAUUCAGAGAGUAAAUACUCUGGGGCAUCCCAGAAGAUACCUGGGAAGAUGGUGGCAAUUGACUGUGAGAUGGUGGGUACUGGACCCAAGGGGCAUGUCAGUUCCUUGGCUCGAUGUAGCAUUGUCAACUACGACGGAGAUGUGCUUUAUGAUGAGUACAUCCUCCCCCCCUGCCACAUUGUGGACUACCGGACCAGAUGGAGUGGUAUCCGGAAGCAGCACAUGGUAAAUGCUACACCCUUCAAGAUUGCUCGGAACCAGAUCUUGAAGAUUCUUACAGGGAAGAUAGUGGUGGGGCAUGCCAUCCACAAUGACUUCAAAGCCCUUCAGUAUGUUCAUCCCAAGCCCCUCACCCGAGACACCUCUCAUAUCCCCCUCCUCAACCGUAAGGCUGACUGCCCAGAGAAUGCCACCAUGUCUCUGAAGAGUCUCACCAAGAAGCUGUUGAACCGGGACAUCCAGGCUGGGAAAAGCGGACAUUCCUCAGUGGAAGAUGCUCAGGCCACGAUGGAGCUGUACAAGUUGGUUGAAGUUGAAUGGGAACAGCACCUGGCCCAGAAUCCCCCUAAAGACUAG